AGACGCUUUUCUUUAUAACAUCAUAAAGCUAUCGCUGAUAUCAGAUGGUUCAAGAUGUCUGGCGGGAAAGUUGCCGUUUCUUCUGUGUCGUUUACGUUGCCGCUCUCAUGCCAGAUUUGCCUCGGCAAGGUCAGAGAGCCUGUGACAUGCUCAAACCAACACGUUUUCUGCAGUUCUUGUAUGAAUGUUUGGCUCGAUAGAAAUAGUAGAUGCCCAAGUUGUCGAGUUGAAAUAUCGCCACAAAGUCCUGUAAAACGUAUUAUAGGAGGAGCUAUUGAAGGUGGCAGUACUUCAUCUGUGUCUCGUGUCACAUCCAGGGAGCUACGAAGAGCAAGAUAUGAACUGAUACUUAAGGAAUAUGAGGAUGAAGUGCAACAACUCGAAAGUGGAAACGAAAAAUUAGAACGUGAAAAUAAUCUUCUAAAGGAGCAGUUGCAGUCGCUUAAACAAGUUAAGAUGGAAAGAAACACUGGAGACGAAUAUUUUACCUACCCUAAGUCUUGUAAACGAUGUGCUGGUAUUAAGGAUGUUGAUGUGUUGCUUGAUAUGACAAAGAAACUACAAGACGCGACCAAAACUUACAGCAAAACUAAAAAGGAAUUAACUGAAGUAAAAAAGAUCAAUGAAGUUUUGUUGAAGUCAAACGAUGAUUUAAAACGAACAAAUCUACGAAUAAGAGAAGAAGUUGCAGUUAGAUCACCAAUGAAAUUUAGUCGUCUGACGGUGGCAGCUUUGGAAUCUCGCUUGGAAGCAUCAGAGAAACAAGUUACUCAACUACAGAAAGCUUUGCAGAAGAACGAUCACUACACAGAGCAGUUGGAAAAUGAGGUGGCCAACCUCAAAUCUGAUAAAAAGAAAGAAAAAGUUGACGAGAAGCAGCUACACAACCCAAUUUUGGUUUCCAUUUUAAAUGAGCCACAAACUGAAUCCUGUUCUUCUUUGGAAACAACACGAACAACAAAUACUCCAUCUUCUAAACUAAAGAGUCUAACUCUUGUUACGCCUGAACACAAAAAUGUGGUUGCAUCAGAUGCUGAUACCACCCUGUAUGAUUCUGAGAAUCUAUCACAACAGGAAAACAGCAUGUUUUCUUUUUCAACUGACAAGUCAACAACAAUUCGAAGACUGAAGUUUGAAAGCACCAACGAAGCCUCUUUAACACAGCAAACCAAGUGCAAAAACACUGACCUUUUGACCAUUAAAGAUGCUUACGACCUUGCGUUAGACUUGUCACAAACCUGGUCUGAUGAACCAACUGAAAACUCACCAUUAGAUGGCAUGUCUGACAAUGGUUUCAUGCUUUCCACCAACCCCCCACUAACACUGAACGAAUCAGUCAACUCUGCAUCACAAUCCAGCAUAGAUGAUGAAAUCCUGCAAAGCUGGGAAGCUCCAAAUGGAGCCAUGAUGAAAACCACCAUAGAUGCGGGCGGAUCACGCAUCACCAUGUCUCAUCUAAGCGAGUCUGAAAAAGAUGCUUUUUCCCGACCAAGCUCCGCUCCCAGCCGGACUUUCCUCCUCAGCGGAUCAAAAUUCUCUGCUCUUCGUCCUCUUGAUUCUGCAAGUCAUUCAAACUCCAAUGAUUUUCAACCAGUCAAGUGCAUUUCACCUUUACAUGGAUACUCAAAACUAACGAAAGAAAAUGCAAGAAGUCCAUUGCAGUUAGUAUCCCCAGAUGAAGUGGUUAGUCCGAAAAACUGGGUUUCCAAUGAAGUGGAGGAGCCAAACAGAAGAGAACUUUUGUCGAGGGUGAAUAUUCUGAAACGUAACACUUCGUUAACGAAGCAAACAUCUUGCACCAACAAUUUUGCACAAACCAGUGUGGGGGAAAACCGUCGAAAGCAGAAACUAUCACAGAAACGGACGGGUGAAGUUCUCAUUCAAGAUGUAUUAAAGUCACCCAAGUUUUAAUUUUAGUUUAUGCAACACUUUUUACAUCUUUCAGUCUUUAUAGUUGUAACUUUAUUAUGCAGCAUUUGUAGCACAAUAAUUCUUACCAGUUGACAGCUUUUAUUAAACUUGUUCGCACUGUCACAAUUUUCUAAAGUCCUUGUUAAAUAACCCUUUUUUAUAGGCAAAUUGCUAUGAUAAUCAGACAUUGAAUUUUUUCACUUGCACCAGGCACGCAAAAUGAAUGCGGAAAAAUGCACCAAAUUUUAGUUUUGUUUUUAAAGUUUGUUUUUGAUCAAUUUGAUGUUGGCAAGAGUUUGUUUGGGUCUUUUUUACCCUUUUUGCCGCAUGUUUUGACUACUUUCUUGCUGGCGAAUCUACCUCUUUCCUAUUACAUUGCCAUGCUGAGAA